AUGUCGUUAUGCAAGCACCUGAAAGGUCUGGCUAUUCCUUCUUCAAUUAUAAAAAAAAACCAUUCAAUAGUUUUGAUGGCAGUUUGUGAUGCACAUUACAAGUUUACCUUGGUGGACAUAGGCGAUUCCGGUAGCAAUAGUGAUGGAGCUGUAUUUGCAAACAGUCGAAUGGGGGAUGCUUUUGCCAAAAUGCAGUUGCAUAUUCCCGACGCAGAAUCAUUACCUGGGUCAGGUACAAUGUACCUGUAUGUUUUAGUGGGUGACGAUGCAUUUCAGCUAAAGCAAAAACUCAUGAAACCGUAUCCCAGAGAAGUUCUUGGCAUUCGGGAAAGAGUUUUUAACUAUCGAUUAUCAAGGGCAAGACGUAUAAUUGAAAACACUUUUGGGAUUGUAGCAGCAAGAUUCCGAGUAUUUCGUCGCCCAAUACAUGCAAGAGUCGAAAUGGUUGUCAACAUUACCAAAGCAACGGUAGCUCUGCAUAACUACCUAAUGAGUGAAAAAGCAUUCGAAAGCGCAUCUAAGUAUUGUCCUGCUGGGUUUACUGAGACUGAAGGACCAGGUGGCACACAGUUGGAGGGGGAAUGGCGGAGUGUUGUUCAAAGAGAUCAAGGACUGAGAGACCUAACAAGAGCUGGCUCAAACAACUAUUCACGAAGUGCCAAGCUUGUUUGUGAAGAUUUCAGCAAUUACUUCUUAUCAAGUGCUGGACAAGUACCAUGA